AUGCUCAACGCAUCUGAAUAGGCAGCAACUUCCAAUUUAAAUGAUAAAUUGGAGGAUCUUAAAAAAAUAAUGAAGCAAUACUCAAAGUAUACAUCUGAUUCAUAAAAUGAAUUUGAGACACAUUUUAAGAAAUAUGGUCCAUUUAAUAAAUAAUACUCUUAAUAGAUUUCAUUAUCAGUAAAUGAUCCAAUUAGUUUAGGUAUUUUAGUAUAUAUAUUUAAAGGACAUAAUUUGAUGGAAUUCAUUCAGCUUUUUGAAUUGAUCUCAAAAACUACUCUUUCAUAAUUUUCAGAAUUUUAGUAAUUCUUUUCUCAAAGUAUUGAAUAAUACAAUGAGAAAAUGAAUAUUUUCACAAAAAUAAUAACAGAUGGUAAUUUUUAACAAUCUUAAUAACUUGCAUAACAUAGAUAAAAUUGUAAAAAAACUAAAGAUAAAUAUGAUAAACUUUGUAAAGAAAUAGAAAUGACUUUAAGUUCAAGUAAGAAGAAUUCAGAGGAUGCUUUCACUGGAUAUGAUCUCAAUCUAUCCCAAAAGAAUGAUUAAAAAUUAAAGGAAUUAGUUAAACAAGUUGAACCUGCAGAAUAGCAAUACAAAGAUGCUUUUGAUAGUUUAACUAUCAAAACCAAAGAAUUCAAUUAAGCUAUUGAUGAUUCACGAUAGUAAUUGAUUCAAGCUCAUUAAUUAACAUAUUAAAGGUUUGUAGAAAUCACAAUGAAACUUGAUUAACACAAAUUAUCAGCAAAUUGUUGGAUCAAAGGUUAGAUGGAUGAAAAACAAGAAAAAAUAAUAACCAUGCCAAAAUAUGAAUAAGAGAUGGAAGAUCGAAUAAUAACAUCAAAAUAUGAGUAAGAUAAUUAGUUUAGAUAUAUUAACAUUAUGAAUAAAGUUAUAGAAAAAAAACCUAUAACAGAUUAAGAAUAUUUGAUAUUUCCAGAUGUUUUACAUAAGCAUAUUGAUGCUUAAUUAUCUUUUAUAAAUGAUAGAGUUAAAAAUUAAAAGACUCUACCAAAUUAUCUAUUAGAAAUGUCAAAUCAAAUGGAUGCAGUUUCAAAAAACUUAUAAAAAUCAAUAAAAACAACAUUAUAAUUCAUUCAAGUAAUCAAUGUUAUCAUUCAUCUAGGAUAAAUCAGACAAAGAUAAAUCAAAUUUUAUAAAGCCAAUACUUUAGGUCUAAGAACUAUUAGUUAAGUAAAAUGAUUAAUAUUCCAAAAAGUAUAACUAAUAAUCACAAUUUAUUUAACUAAAAGCUUAAUGUCUAGAUUAAUUAAUAAAGGAAUAAAAAAAUUAAGAAAAAAGCUUUCUAAAUAUGUAUUAGAAGAUGUUAAAAGAUUUUUAAGGUCUCAAAUAAUAAAUUUUAGAAAACGAAUAAAAACCAUAGAUUAAAGAAAAUUUACUUUAAUUAUUAAAGAAAUAAAUAUAAGAUAAUUGUAUAGCUAUAAAAUACUCAGUUGAAUAGGUAAGAACAAAUGAAUUUCAAAGAUCAAAUCAAAUAAUUUAAACUUUAGAAUAAAUAUUAGGUCAUUAUAGUUCAUUCAUUGAUGAAAUAAUAACUUACACUAAAUAAUAGGAAGAAAAUCUAAGUUAAAUUUAGGAAAAGAUUGUAUAAAUUGAAUAUGGAACAAUGAUUAACACUAAACUUGAUUAGCCAGAAAUGAAAUUUUAAAAACUCUUUGAGAUGACAGAUGAAAUCAGAUCUAAAAUUGAAACAGCUACAUUGCUCCAACAAUAAGAAGAUAGUGAAAGUGAUGAUAUAAAUUUGGAAGAAGGUUCAGUUAAAGUGUCUUAAAAAUUGAUUGAAAAAUUUAGAAUUUUAGAUGGGGAUAAAUGCAUAGCCAGUUAUGCAUGUGCAUUUGAUAAUAAAAUUCUAUUGUAAGGAAGAAUGUAUAUUUUUUCAUCAAAAGUUUGUUUUCAUUCAUAUUUUAAUGGCAAAGUAUAUAAUUUAAUAUAAUAAGACUCUUUUUGGAACUACUGCUUUAGGCAUUCCAUCAAUUGACAUAUAAAGUAUCAGAAGAAUUAAAGCAUAUAUGGUAGAUGCAGCACUUGAGUUUAAAACAUUAAAAGGAACUUUAGUUUUUGCAAGCUUAGCAAAUCGAGAUUAAACUUUGGGUAGCUUGAAAUAAGUAAAAGGUUUAGAAUAAGGAAUAAUUGAAGAAAGAAUUGAAAGUGAUCCAGAAAGAAAUAUCUAACAAGUUUAUGUGGAAACAUAAUAAUUAGUAAAACCUUAAGAAAAACAAUAAGGAAUUAGAAGUCCUUCUCCUAAACCUUAAAAUAUUUAAGCAGAAACUAUAAAUUUAAAAAAUAUUGAAUCAUCUAACGAUAAAUUACAAUAAAUUGAUUAAAGCCCCAAAAUUCUUAAUUUCUAAUAAUAACAAUAAUAAUAAUAGUAAUAAUAAUAACAAUAAUAACAAUAAUAACAAUAAUAAUAACAAUAAUAACAAUAAUAAUAAUAAUAAUAAUAAUAAUAAUAAUAAUAAUAACAAUAAUAAUAAUAGUAAUAAUAAUAACAAUAAUAACAAUAAUAACAAUAAUAAUAACAAUAAUAACAAUAAUAACAAUAAUAAUAACAAUAAUAACAAUAAUAAUAAUAAUAAUAAUAAUAAUAAUAAUAAUAAUAAUAAUAAUAACAAUAAUAACAAUAAUAAUAAUAAUAAUAAUAAUAAUAAUAAUAAUAAUAAUAAUAAUAAUAAUAACAAUAAUAAUAAAUUGCUGAAAAAACUCAAUAGGUUCAGGAGAUAAGAUCUUCUCCUGAAUCAAAUUCUAAGUAAAAAUAAAAUUAUGCUAUCAAUUAACAAGGAAAAACUGAAAAUUUAUAAUAGUAAACUCCAAAAAUUAAUACAGACUGUUAAGAUUAAUCUAAUCCUGCUAUACCAAAUGUUUCUUAAUUUGAAGUUGAGU